AAAAGCUUCAUUCAUUCAUGCAUUCACAGCUUUUCCCGCGAAAUUAAAGUUAGAAAAAAAAGAAAAAGUGGAAAAACCUUUGUUUUUCUGUGGAAAUCUGUGUUAGCAUUUUCUCGCUUUAUUUUCCCGGGAAAAAAGUUUUUUUUUUAUUUUUAAUUUUAUCUAACUUUCUCGGAAAAAAUAGAGGUGAAUUUGAAUUGAAUUGAAUUGUCUUUGUUAAAGUGAAAGUGAAAUGCUUGUCUUUUUUCAUUCAUAAUGCGAGAUCUAAUUAUUGUAUACUAACUGUUUGUUCAAAGUUCAAAGUUGGAACAUUCUUCUUCAUUUCAUACAGUACUGACUGUCAUCAUUCCAAUCUGCAGAAUUUUCUGCCACCGACACUUUCUAGAUUUUUCAUUGUAGGUUUUACAAUUUGUUGUUUACUACAGUGUAGUAAUUAUUGCAGGCCUAAUUCGGUUCAUUGUUGUGUCUUUGGUAGUUUUUCACUUUUUUUAAUAUAUUAUAAGGGAUGGGUUUUUGAGCUUUUUCUGAUUGGAACUUUCUGGGGUUUAGAAUCUUUUGAUUUGUUUAUUUAUUUUUUCUUUAAUGUGUGUUUAUGGUAUUGGUUUUGGUUUUGGGUUUGGGUUAGGGUUGGGGGUUAUGACGUUUUGCCUAUGAGGUGUUUGUGUUAUUGUGUAGUUGUUGGUAGUAGUUUUUUCUUUUGCUUUUGAAGAAACUCAGCAUUUUGGGAUAUUAUUCUUGUCAGUCACCUUGCUUUGGAAAUUGGGUUUUAUAGAAAGUUGCCAUUUUUACUAAUUGUACUAGUUUGGCAGUGACACUUGGAAAUUGGAAUAAGAGAGCAAUCAUUUCACCACCCAACCAGUCAGUCGCCGUAGAAUCAUUGUCAAAGUUUCGUACUUUUGUUAACGGUUGAAUCGUGCUAAUUUGAGAUUGUUUUGAUGAGGGUUCAAUCAAUGUUGUCAGAGUGAUUUUGGUGUGCUGUGAAUUGGGUUGGGUUGCUGUCAGUUUCUCUAUUGUUGUAUUUAUGACAGUGUUGGGGAUUCUACUUGAUAAUUGAAUUUUGGUUUUGUUGAAAAAUAAAGGAAUGAGGGGUGGAAAAAAUCGGAAGCUACAUUUAAGCAAGAUCUAUUCAUUCACAUGUUUCAAAGCGAGUUCUGUUGAUGGUGGAGAUCAUUCACAAAUUGGAAGUAGAGGUUAUUCAAGGGUGGUGUUAUGCAAUGAACAAAACAGUACUAAUGAUGAGGAAGCUGUGAUUAAGAAUUUUGCAGAUAAUUCUGUCAGAUCUACGAAAUAUACUGCUGUUACUUUUCUUCCAAAAUCACUUUUUGAACAGUUUAGGAGAGUCGCUAAUUUCUAUUUUUUGGUUGCUGGUGUUUUGUCUUUCUCUAAACUUGCUCCUUACAGAGCUGUUAGUUCUAUUCUUCCUCUUGUGGUUGUUAUCGGGGCAACUAUUGUGAAAGAAGGUAUUGAAGAUUGGCGUAGGAAAAAGCAGGAUAUCGAGGUGAACAAUAGAAGAGUUAAAGUUCAUAAAGUUGAUGGAAUAUUUGAAUAUACUGCAUGGAAGAAUCUGAGGGUAGGGAAUAUAGUGAAGGUAGAGAAAGAUGAGUUUUUCCCAGCAGAUCUUGUAUUGCUUUCAUCGAGUUAUGAGGAUGCAGUCUGCUAUGUGGAGACAAUGAACUUGGACGGUGAGACAAAUUUGAAGUUAAAACAAGGUUUAGAGGCAACUUCUUCGUUACAUGACAAUCUCAGCUUCAAAAAUUUUAAAGCGACUGUCAAAUGUGAAGAUCCAAACGCAAAUUUAUACUCGUUUGUAGGGAGUAUGGAGUUUGGAGUGCAAAAGUAUGCCCUUUCUCCUCAGCAACUUCUUUUGCGAGGCUCUAAGCUUCGUAAUACGGACUAUAUUUUUGGAGCUAUCAUUUUCACCGGUCAAGACACUAAGGUUAUUCAGAAUUCUAUUGAUCCACCUUCGAAGAGAAGCCGAGUUGAGAAGAAGAUGGAUAGAGUCAUCUACUUCUUGUUUUGUAUUUUGUUUCUGAUGGCAUCUGUAGGAUCUAUUUUCUUUGGCUUUAUAACUAAAGACGACUUGCAAAAAGGGGUAGUGAAAAGAUGGUAUUUAAGGCCUGAUAAUUCUACAAUUUUCUUUGAUCCUGAAAGACCGGCUGCGGCUGCUUCAUUUCAUUGUUUGACAGCCUUAAUGUUAUACGGCUUCUUUAUUCCAAUCUCUUUGUAUGUGUCAAUAGAAAUUGUCAAAGUCCUUCAGAGCAUUUACAUCAAUCAAGACAUCCAUAUGUACUACAAAGAAGCAGACAAACCUGCACAUGCUCGCACUUCAAACUUGAACGAGGAGCUCGGUCAAGUUGACACUAUACUUUCCGAUAAAACUGGAACUUUGACCUGCAACUCCAUGGAAUUCAUCAAAUGUUCGAUUGCUGGUGUAGCUUAUGGUCGUGGUGUUACAGAGGUUGAGAAGACCAUGAGUAGAAGAAAAGGUUCAAAGUUAGUACGUGAGCAUGAUAUGUCGGAAGAUGACAUCAGUGAUUCUCUUGAUAAUAAAAAAGUCAUAAAAGGUUUUAACUUUACUGAUGAAAGAAUAAUGAAUGGAAAUUGGGUAAAUGAGCCUCAUGCAGAUAUUAUCCAGAAGUUUUUUCGCCUUUUAGCAGUCUGUCAUACAGCCUUACCAGAAGUAGAUAAAGAAACAGGAAAUGUGUUGUACGAGGCUGAAUCUCCGGAUGAAGCCGCAUUUGUUAUUGCGGCAAGAGAACUUGGUUUUGAAUUCUACAAAAGGACUCAGACUAGUUUAUCGACAUACGAGUUGGAUCCGGUUUCUGGCAAGAAAAUGGAAAGGGUGUACAAGAUUCUCAAUGUGUUAGAAUUCAAUAGCUCAAGGAAGAGAAUGUCGGUAAUAGUAAAAGACGAUGAAGGAAAAAUUCUACUACUCUGCAAAGGUGCCGACAGUGUCAUGUUUGAAAGACUUGCCAAGAAUGGGAGGGAGUUUGAAGAGAAAACCAUGGAACAUGUGCAUGAAUAUGCUGAUGCAGGUCUCCGAACCCUUAUACUUGCCUAUCGUGAACUUGAAGCAGAAGAAUACAAGGGGUUUAAUAACAAAUUCUCCGAGGCCAAGAGUUUGGUUAGUGCAGAUCGGGAAACAUUGAUUGAGGAAGUUUCGGAUAAUAUGGAGAAGAACCUAAUCCUUCUUGGUGCUACUGCUGUAGAGGACAAGCUCCAAAAUGGGGUUCCUGGUUGUAUUGACAAGCUUGCCCAAGCAGGAAUUAAAAUUUGGGUUUUGACUGGGGAUAAAAUGGAGACCGCAAUCAAUAUUGGGUUUGCUUGUAGUUUGCUUAGACAAGGAAUGAAACAGAUUAUAAUUCAUUUGGAUAGUCCAGAAAUUCAAGCAUUGGAGAAAGAUGGGGACAAGAGAGCUAUUACCAAGGCAUCAAGGCAGAGUAUCCUGUUUCAGAUACGUGAAGGUGCUGCACAGCUUACUGCACACAAAGGGAACUCUCAGCAGGCCUUUGCUCUAGUAAUUGAUGGUAAAUCACUUGCUUAUGCACUUGAGGAUGAGAUGAAGAACAUGUUCCUGGAGCUUGCAAUUCGUUGUGCAUCUGUUAUUUGCUGUCGCUCAUCGCCAAAGCAGAAGGCACUGGUCACUAGAUUAGUCAAAUCUGGAACUGGUAAAACAACAUUAGCUAUUGGCGAUGGAGCUAAUGAUGUUGGAAUGCUUCAAGAAGCUGAUAUUGGGGUUGGUAUAAGUGGCGUCGAAGGAAUGCAGGCUGUUAUGUCUAGUGACAUUGCAAUUGCACAAUUCCGGUAUUUGGAACGCUUACUUCUGGUGCAUGGGCAUUGGUGUUAUCGAAGGAUCUCAACGAUGAUAUGCUAUUUUUUCUACAAGAACAUCACAUUUGGUUUCACUCUUUUCUUGUAUGAGGUGUAUGCGUCUUUCUCAGGAGAACCUGCAUACAACGACUGGUUUUUAGCUCUCUAUAAUGUCUUUUUUUCAUCACUUCCUGUGAUUGCUCUCGGUGUAUUCGACCAAGACGUAUCCGCUCGGUACUGCCUCAAGUUUCCUUUGUUAUAUCAAGAAGGAGUACAAAAUGUCCUUUUCAGCUGGCGUCGAGUACUCAGCUGGAUGCUUAACGGAUUCUUUAGCGCCUUACUAAUUUUCUUCUUCUGCACAAAGGCAAUGGAGCUGCAAGCCUUCGAUUCAGAGGGAAGAACUGCUGGAAACGAUAUACUAGGAACAACCAUGUACACUUGCGUAGUUUGGGUUGUAAACUUGCAAAUGGCAGUAGCCAUAAGUUACUUCACCUUGAUCCAACAUUUUUUCAUCUGGGGUUCCAUAUUUUUCUGGUACAUUUUUCUCCUAAUAUACGGAGAAGUACCUCAAAAGAUUUCGGAAAAUGCUUACAAAGUCUUUCUUGAAACUCUCGCUCCUUCGCCUUCCUAUUGGAUAGUAACAUUCUUUGUGGUGAUCUCAACCCUAAUACCAUACUUCUCAUACAAAGCAAUUCAGAUGCGGUUCUUUCCAAUGUAUCACGAAAUGGUACAAUGGAUAAGAUAUGAAGGGAAGACCGAGGAUCCCGAGUACUGUGAUAUGGUGCAGACAAGAUUGUCACAGCAAACAACUUUUGGUUCAACAGCUCGCUUAGCGGCCAAGGCUAACCAAUCGACAGAUAAAACUAUUAUUAACCGUAAAAAGUGUUUAUUUCAUCCUUAACUCAUGUAGUUUUUUGGGUACAGCUUCAUGAAAGUGUUUAUUUCUCUCUGCACAUAGUCAUGGAAUUGCUUGAUGGGUCAUCUCAGCCAGAAGAUGAUAGUAUGGUGCAUGGAACCAACAUUUGGCUUUGAUGUUGGGAAGAAAAAUAAAACUGAUAUCUGAUUUAGCCUUUUUAAGGUUACAUAGAUUUCAUAUACCUUUUUUUCUUUUACAUAUAGAAGCAGUUACUGUACAUAUAGAAGUAAAAGUUAUGUAUAGGAUGGGAUAGAGCUGUUUUCUUUUGUAAAGAAUAGAAGAGUUUUAUUAUUUGUUAUUGAAAUUUCAUUUUUGUGCAGUCA